AUGUCUGGUACCUACCUGUUUAACCUAGAUGCGCGUAGACAUACGUAUGCAUGCGUGAGUGGUGCAGCAGAGCAGGUGAGUGGUGCAGCAGAGCAGGUGAGUGGUGCAGCAGAGCAGGUGAGUGGUGCAGCAGAGCAGGUGAGUGGUGCAGCAGAGCAGGUGAGUGGUGCAGCAGAGCAGGUGAGUGGUGCAGCAGAGCAGGUGAGUGGUGCAGCAGAGCAGGUGAGUGGUGCGGCAGAGCAGGUGAGUGGUGCAGCAGAGCAGGUGAGUGGUGCGGCAGAGAAGGUGAGUGGUGCGGCAGAGCAGGUGAGUGGUGCAGCAGAGCAGGUGAGUGGUGCGACAGUGCAGGUGAGUGGUGCAGCAGAGCAGGUGAGUGGUGCAGCAGAGCAGGUGAGUGGUGCGGCAGAGCAGGUGAGUGGUGCGGCAGAGCAGGUGAGUGGUGCGACAGAGCAGGUGAGUGGUGCGGCAGAGCAGGUGAGUGGUGCAGCAGAGCAGGUGAGUGGUGCGGCAGAGCAGGUGAGUGGUGCAGCAGAGCAGGUGAGUGGUGCAGCAGAGCAGGUGAGUGGUGCGGCAGAGCAGGUGAGUGGUGCGGCAGAGCAGGUGAGUGGUGCGGCAGAGCAGGUGAGUGGUGCAGCAGAGCAGGUGAGUGGUGCGGCAGAGCAGGUGAGUGGUGCAGCAGAGCAGGUGAGUGGUGCGGCAGAGCAGGUGAGUGGUGCGGCAGAGCAGGUGAGUGGUGCGGCAGAGCAGGUGAGUGGUGCGGCAGAGCAGGUGAGUGGUGCGGCAGAGCAGGUGAGUGGUGCAGCAGAGCAGGUGAGUGGUGCGGCAGAGCAGGUGAGUGGUGCAGCAGAGCAGGUGAGUGGUGCAGCAGAGCAGGUGAGUGGUGCAGCAGAGCAGGUGAGUGGUGCGGCAGAGCAGGUGAGUGGUGCGGCAGAUCAGGUGAGUGGUGCAGCAGAGCAGGUGAGUGGUGCAGCAGAGCAGGUGAGUGGUGCAGCAGAGCAGGUGAGUGGUGCAGCAGAGCAGGUGAGUGGUGCAGCAGAGCAGGUGAGUGGUGCAGCAGAGCAGGUGAGUGGUGCGGCAGAGCAGGUGAGUGGUGCAGCAGAGCAGGUGAGUGGUGCGGCAGAGCAGGUGAGUGGUGCGCCAGAGCAGGUGAGUGGUGCAGCAGAGCAGGUGAGUGGUGCGACAGAGCAGGUGAGUGGUGCAGCAGAGCAGGUGAGUGGUGCAGCAGAGCAGGUGAGUGGUGCGGCAGAGCAGGUGAGUGGUGCGGCAGAGCAGGUGAGUGGUGCGACAGAGCAGGUGAGUGGUGCGGCAGAGCAGGUGAGUGGUGCAGCAGAGCAGGUGAGUGGUGCGGCAGAGCAGGUGAGUGGUGCAGCAGAGCAGGUGAGUGGUGCGGCAGAGCAGGUGAGUGGUGCGGCAGAGCAGGUGAGUGGUGCGACAGAGCAGGUGAGUGGUGCGGCAGAGCAGGUGAGUGGUGCGGCAGAGCAGGUGAGUGGUGCGGCAGAGCAGGUGAGUGGUGCGGCAGAGCAGGUGAGUGGUGCAGCAGAGCAGGUGAGUGGUGCGGCAGAGCAGGUGAGUGGUGCAGCAGAGCAGGUGAGUGGUGCGGCAGAGCAGGUGAGUGGUGCGGCAGAGCAGGUGAGUGGUGCGGCAGAGCAGGUGAGUGGUGCGGCAGAGCAGGUGAGUGGUGCGGCAGAGCAGCAGAGCAGGGUGAGUGGUGCAGCAGAGCAGGUGAGUGGUGCAGCAGAGCAGGUGAGUGGUGCAGCAGAGCAGGUGAGUGGUGCAGCAGAGCAGGUGAGUGGUGCAGCAGAGCAGGUGAGUGGUGCAGCAGAGCAGGUGAGUGGUGCGGCAGAGCAGGUGAGUGGUGCGGCAGAGCAGGUGAGUGGUGCGGCAGAGCAGGUGAGUGGUGCGGCAGAGCAGGUGAGUGGUGCAGCAGAGCAGGUGAGUGGUGCGGCAGAGCAGGUGAGUGGUGCAGCAGAGCAGGUGAGUGGUGCGGCAGAGCAGGUGAGUGGUGCGGCAGAGCAGGUGAGUGGUGCGGCAGAGCAGGUGAGUGGUGCGGCAGAGCAGGUGAGUGGUGCGGCAGAGCAGGUGAGUGGUGCGGCAGAGCAGGUGAGUGGUGCGGCAGAGCAGGUGAGUGGUGCGGCAGAGCAGGUGAGUGGUGCGGCAGAGCAGGUGAGUGGUGCGGCAGAGCAGGUGAGUGGUGCGGCAGAGCAGGUGAGUGGUGCGGCAGAGCAGGUGAGUGGUGCGGCAGAGCAGGUGAGUGGUGCGGCAGAGCAGGUGAGUGGUGCAGCAGAGCAGGUGAGUGGUGCGGCAGAGCAGGUGAGUGGUGCGGCAGAGCAGGUGAGUGGUGCGGCAGAGCAGGUGAGUGGUGCGGCAGAGCAGGUGAGUGGUGCGGCAGAGCAGGUGAGUGGUGCGGCAGAGCAGGUGAGUGGUGCGGCAGAGCAGGUGAGUGGUGCGGCAGAGCAGGUGAGUGGUGCGGCAGAGCAGGUGAGUGGUGCGGCAGAGCAGAGCCAGGUGAGUGGUGCGGCAGAGCAGGUGAGUGGUGCGGCAGAGCAGGUGAGUGGUGCGGCAGAGCAGGUGAGUGGUGCGGCAGAGCAGGUGAGUGGUGCGGCAGAGCAGGUGAGUGGUGCGGCAGAGCAGGUGAGUGGUGCGGCAGAGCAGGUGAGUGGUGCGGCAGAGCAGGUGAGUGGUGCGGCAGAGCAGGUGAGUGGUGCGGCAGAGCAGGUGAGUGGUGCGGCAGAGCAGGUGAGUGGUGCGGCAGAGCAGGUGAGUGGUGCGGCAGAGCAGGUGAGUGGUGCGGCAGAGCAGGUGAGUGGUGCAGCAGAGCAGGUGAGUGGUGCGGCAGAGCAGGUGAGUGGUGCGGCAGAGCAGGUGAGUGGUGCAGCAGAGCAGGUGAGUGGUGCGGCAGAGCAGGUGAGUGGUGCAGCAGAGCAGGUGAGUGGUGCGGCAGAGCAGGUGAGUGGUGCGGCAGAGCAGGUGAGUGGUGCAGCAGAGCAGGUGAGUGGUGCGGGCAGAGCUGGUGGUGCAGCAGAGCAGGUGAGUGGUGCAGCAGAGCAGGUGAGUGGUGCGGCAGAGCAGGUGAGUGGUGCAGCAGAGCAGGUGAGUGGUGCAGCAGAGCAGGUGAGUGGUGCAGCAGAGCAGGUGAGUGGUGCAGCAGAGCAGGUGAGUGGUGCAGCAGAGCAGGUGAGUGGUGCAGCAGAGCAGGUGAGUGGUGCAGCAGAGCAGGUGAGUGGUGCAGCAGAGCAGGUGAGUGGUGCAGCAGAGCAGGUGAGUGGUGCAGCAGAGCAGGUGAGUGGUGCAGCAGAGCAGGUGAGUGGUGCAGCAGAGCAGGUGAGUGGUGCGGCAGAGCAGGUGAGUGGUGCGGCAGAGCAGGUGAGUGGUGCAGCAGAGCAGGUGAGUGGUGCAGCAGAGCAGGUGAGUGGUGCGGCAGAGCAGGUGAGUGGUGCGGCAGAGCAGGUGAGUGGUGCAGCAGAGCAGGUGAGUGGUGCGGCAGAGCAGGUGAGUGGUGCAGCAGAGCAGGUGAGUGGUGCAGCAGAGCAGGUGAGUGGUGCGGCAGAGCAGGUGAGUGGUGCGGCAGAGCAGGUGAGUGGUGCGGCAGAGCAGGUGAGGGGUGCGGCAGAGCAGGUGAGUGGUGCGGCAGAGCAGGUGAGUGGUGCGGCAGAGCAGGUGAGUGGUGCGGCAGAGCAGGUGAGUGGUGCGGCAGAGCAGGUGAGUGGUGCGGCAGAGCAGGUGAGUGGUGCGGCAGAGCAGGUGAGUGGUGCGGCAGAGCAGGUGAGUGGUGCGGCAGAGCAGGUGAGUGGUGCGGCAGAGCAGGUGAGUGGUGCGGCAGAGCAGGUGAGUGGUGCGGCAGAGCAGGUGAGUGGUGCGGCAGAGCAGGUGAGUGGUGCGGCAGAGCAGGUGAGUGGUGCGGCAGAGCAGGUGAGUGGUGCGGCAGAGCAGGUGAGUGGUGCGGCAGAGCAGGUGAGUGGUGCGGCAGAGCAGGUGAGUGGUGCAGCAGAGCAGGUGAGUGGUGCGGCAGAGCAGGUGAGUGGUGCAGCAGAGCAGGUGAGUGGUGCAGCAGAGCAGGUGAGUGGUGCGGCAGAGCAGAUGAGUGGUGCGGCAGAGCAGGUGAGUGGUGCAGCAGAGCAGGUGAGUGGUGCAGCAGAGCAGGUGAGUGGUGCAGCAGAGCAGGUGAGUGGUGCAGCAGAGCAGGUGAGUGGUGCGGCAGAGCAGGUGAGUGGUGCGGCAGAGCAGGUGAGUGGUGCAGAAGAGCAGGUGAGUGGUGCAGCAGAGCAGGUGAGUGGUGCAGCAGAGCAGGUGAGUGGUGCGGCAGAGCAGGUGAGUGGUGCAGCAGAGCAGGUGAGUGGUGCAGCAGAGCAGGUGAGUGGUGCAGCAGAGCAGGUGAGUGGUGCGACAGAGCAGGUGAGUGGUGCAGCAGAGCAGGUGAGUGGUGCAGCAGAGCAGGUGAGUGGUGCAGCAGAGCAGGUGAGUGGUGCAGCAGAGCAGGUGAGUGGUGCAGCAGAGCAGGUGAGUGGUGCAGCAGAGCAGGUGAGUGGUGCGGCAGAGCAGGUGAGUGGUGCGGCAGAGCAGGUGAGUGGUGCGGCAGAGCAGGUGAGUGGUGCAACAGAGCAGGUGAGUGGUGCGGCAGAGCAGGUGAGUGGUGCGGCAGAGCAGGUGAGUGGUGCGGCAGAGCAGGUGAGUGGUGCAGCAGAGCAGGUGAGUGGUGCGGCAGAGCAGGUGAGUGGUGCGGCAGAGCAGGUGAGUGGUGCAGCAGAGCAGGUGAGUGGUGCAGCAGAGCAGGUGAGUGGUGGCAGCAGAGCAGCAGAGCAGGUGAGUGGUGCAGCAGAGCAGGUGAGUGGUGCAGCAGAGCAGGUGAGUGGUGCGGCAGAGAAGGUGAGUGGUGCAGCAGAGCAGGUGAGUGGUGCAGCAGAGCAGGUGAGUGGUGCAGCAGAGCAGGUGAGUGGUGCAGCAGAGCAGGUGAGUGGUGCGGCAGAGCAGGUGAGUGGUGCGGCAGAGCAGGUGAGUGGUGCAGCAGAGCAGGUGAGUGGUGCAGCAGAGCAGGUGAGUGGUGCAGCAGAGCAGGUGAGUGGUGCAGCAGAGCAGGUGAGUGGUGCGGCAGAGCAGGUGAGUGGUGCAGCAGAGCAGGUGAGUGGUGCGGCAGAGCAGGUGAGUGGUGCAGCAGAGCAGGUGAGUGGUGCAGCAGAGCAGGUGAGUGGUGCGGCAGAGCAGGUGAGUGGUGCGGCAGAGCAGGUGAGUGGUGCGGCAGAGCAGGUGAGUGGUGCGGCAGAGCAGGUGAGUGGUGCGGCAGAGCAGGUGAGUGGUGCAGCAGAGCAGGUGAGUGGUGCGGCAGAGCAGGUGAGUGGUGCGGCAGAGCAGGUGAGUGGUGCAGCAGAGCAGGUGAGUGGUGCGACAGUGCAGGUGAGUGGUGCAGCAGAGCAGGUGAGUGGUGCAGCAGAGCAGGUGAGUGGUGCAGCAGAGCAGGUGAGUGGUGCGGCAGAGCAGGUGAGUGGUGCGGCAGAGCAGGUGAGUGGUGCAGCAGAGCAGGUGAGUGGUGCAGCAGAGCAGGUGAGUGGUGCGGCAGAGCAGGUGAGUGUUGCAGCAGAGCAGGGCACGGGGUGUGUGGGUGCUGGACUCGCUGCUGAUAGCCUGGUGCUGGUGGUGGGGCGUGACGCCAGUAGCCCUGCUGUAGAGCACAUGGGUGAGGUGACAGGGCAUGGGGCGUGCCAGUGUGGUGGUCGAGAGUGGAGGGGGAGCGGGCCCCAUCGCGAAUGGCAACAGGGGGUGGCUGGUGUAGAGUGUGACCAGCAGGGAGAGAGAAGUGGAGGGGGAGCGGGCCCUAUCGCGAAUGGCAGCAGGGGGUGGCUGGUGUCGAGUGUGACCGGCAGGGAGAGAGAGUGCGGGCGGGAGAUUGUGAACGUGCUCGAUGAGUGGUGUGACAAGCUGGAGGCUGGCAAGGCGCAGGGGGAGGGGGAGGGGGAGGCACGGACUGGGGAAGGUGCAUCUGCAGGGAAGGCGAAGGGGGGUUCGUCCAUCGAUGCGCUGCUGGCGAAUGAAGUGGCAGCACUCAAGAAACAGGUGCGUGCGUGUGGAGAGGGGGUUGAGGAAACAGGUGUGUGUGUUUUGCAGCGGCUCACAGGCUCGAUUGCAAUCGUGACCUCAGGCUACCAGGCUACCAGGUGCCCCUGUUUUGAGACGUCUCAGGCUACCAGCACAAACACCCAUCACUUCCCUCUCUCGCAAUCCUCUUUUCCCUCCCUCUUCCUCCCUUGCCCCUCGUCUUGUCCCUCCCCUUGUCCUGAACGCUCUCACCUGGUGACUUUUGAGUCGACUCAAAAGUCACCUGACUGA